AUGCCUUCCCGCGGAAACCCCAACGUCCCCACCUCCGUCAAGAAUCGCUCGCGCAGCCGUAAAGCCGGCGUCAAAGCUGGUGUCAAGGCGCGCGCCCGCCCCAUCGCCGCCCGCUCCGCUACCAUCGAAACACAGACCCAGAGCGGCUCCGGUGUCCACCGCGGGCGCACACUCAGCGCCAAGAAGGUGCGCCGCACCGAGCGCCGUGUUGGGUUCGCGAAGCAGAGGAAGGAGGAGGCCUUGGAUGAGAUUAGGAAGGCGGGGGAGAACGGCAUUGUCGAGAUGACUGAUGUUGCGGCGCUCCCAUUGUCGAAGAGGCAGCAGAAGCUUGCGGAGAGAGCGGAGGCUAGAGCGGAGGCGGCGGUGAGGGCUGCUGAGAAGGAGGCGGUUAAGGCUGCCGAGAAGGCGGCGAAGGCGGCGGAGGAGGCUGCUGCUGCUGCAAAGGCUGCUGAGGAGAACGAGGACGAGGACGAGGACGAGGCCGGUAUGGACAUCGACUAA